CCCCCCCCCCCCCCACAAUUUGUACCAUGAGACACCCAACAACUUCUUCCUCCAUUAUUCCUCUCCCUAUCUAAGCUAUUGCUAGCCCCAUUCCCUAUGCAUCGAUCCAUCGAUCUCACCCACAAACACAAAGCCCUAUACAAGAAUCAUCAUAUGCCACUCAUGACCUAAUCAACCAAGAUCCCUCCCUAGCUAGCUUCUCGCUUCUCUCAUAUAUCUCUCUUCUAGCUUGCAAGAAGAAGAAGCUUCCCACACCAACUCAUUUUCUUAGCUUUGGAAGAAGCUGAAAAAUCCUUUCAGUUUUCUCCCAAGAAACAGCAAUGGCGACUACUGCUGCCACCGCGCCGGAUCUGUCACUCCACAUAAGCCCGCCUUCGCCGCCGGACAUGGCCGCCGGCGGCGAGACGAUGGAGCAGUUGGCUGAGCCAAAGCUGUGCCUAGGGUUUGGCACGGCGGCGGCGGCGGCGGCGGAGCAGUACAACAAUGGCGGCUGCAACCUCCAGCAGCAGCAGCGGCUGCACCAACCUAGCCAGAUCCAGAGAUUCAAGAAGAGCGCCAGCGGCGGCAGCCCUGUGUGCUCCGGCGGCGCCACCGGCACCGGCGGCGUUGCGGCGGCGAGAUCCGGGAAUGGCGGUGGAGGUGGGAAGAGGAGCUCUAGGGCGCCGAGGAUGCGAUGGACGACGGCUCUCCAUGCGCACUUUGUGCAAGCCGUCGAGCUUCUUGGAGGCCAUGAAAGAGCGACACCAAAGUCAGUAUUGGAGUUGAUGAACGUGAAAGAUCUCACGCUGGCUCAUGUGAAGAGUCACCUGCAGAUGUAUAGAACAGUGAAGGGAACCACAGACAGAACAUGUGCUGAAGGCCAUGGGCAGAUGAGAGAUAUGGGCUUUCUGAGGAGAGGAGGUGGUGGAGUGGAUGGCUUUGACGUGCUUGGUAACACCUCUUCAAUUGCAAUCGCCAAUAUUAGAAGGCAGGCAGCAGGGUCGCCGGGUGAGCAUCAUCAAGAGACGAUGAUGAGCAGCGCCUGGUGCCAGCCGCAGUUCGCCCAGCAGCAAACCACUGCUUGUGGGCUGCCGCUGCCUUGCCCCUACAUCGUGUCCACUCACCACUACCUCAUCAAACAAAACCAGCUGAUGAUGCAGGGAGGUUGGAGGGGAUCAUCAGGGCAGCAGCUGGCGGUACAGCAAGAUGCUGCAGCCCAUAGCAGCCUAGGGAUCAAGAACAUGGGACAACAACGUCUGCCUGCUGCUGCUGCUGCGGCUGCAGGCAACCAUGAUGAUGAGAUUGUAGUAGUCGCCAGCAGGAUUGGACGACGAUCGUCGGGUACUGCAGGCUUUGCUAGGUCGUCGCCUCCUGCAGCUUCAGGCUGCUGGACGCCGACGACGACGACGUGGUCGCCGCCGCCGCCGCUGACACCGCAGACCACGUCGACGACGACGACGAUGAGGGGCAGCAGCGUCGUCGUCGCCGCAGCAGCGCAGGCGUGCAUGAAGCAGCAGCAGCAGCAGCAGACGCCAUCGAGGGUGCCAAGCCUGGAGAUCAGCCUCGGGAGGCAGGGGUGGCAAAGCGGCAGCAGCUUGGAGCAGCAGCAGCAGCAUCAGCAGCGUCAUCAUCAGCAGCAGCAGCGGCAGCGCAGCGUGGAGUCCUCGGCGUCCAAAGAACUAACGCUACUAAAGUGCUUGUGAGAUAAUUAAUUAAGUAAAUUGAGUUUAUAGUAGAGUAUGUUUAGCAAGUAGUAGUAGUUUAAGUAGUGGUUAAUUAGUUAUUAAUCUCAACAAGCAGAAUUAAUCGAAGUGUAACAAAAAUUAAUGGCCGAUCCCCAAGCCUGCUGCUGGCUAGCUUAAUUUCAACAAAUAUGAGGGCGGAUGCUAGCUAGAUUAAUUCUUGGCUAGCUUAAUUAAUGUUUUUGUUCUGUCUUC